AUGGCAGGAGGCCCCUCUAGCAUCAAGGAGGAGAUGGAAAUGUCCAUAGCUGAAGAGCUGAUUCCUGGAAGCCAUGGGCAAAGCCAAGAGCAUGUGGUCAUAGCAGAAAUGAUGGGGCGUGGCUCCCGGUCCCUGGGUACCUCUCAGCGGCAACAGAAGUUGGAUCUAAAGACUGCUGGCUCUGCUGCAAGCCAAUCGAUUUGGAAUAUGACUGCCACCCGGCCCAAGAAAGUGGGGCACCAACUGCCAAUGCCCAGAAUGUUGAGAGAACCAGGCCACAGUGAUGCCCAUCCUCAGGAGUAUCCUCGUGGCUUCCAAGGCAUGAGGUCCCAUUAUGAGCGCAACCCAGAGGCGGAUAUGAUCACAGAGAUUGGCCUGGAAGAGCUAAAUGGACUGGAGAUGGAAAUCAUGCGAAGACAGCUGCGUGUGAUCACUGAGCGUCUGUGUGCCCUGGAGGACCAGGGUGCCACCUGGCGCCACAGGGAAGCUCUGUUCUUCACCAUGAUAGUGUUGGCCUGCAUUGCCAACCUGUGGCUGUGUAUGCGCCACUGAUGCUGCUGUGCCGCCGAGCCCUCUCCUCCUACCCCUUCUUCCCUUCUCUCCCUGAGCUGCCCUUGCCCAUCCUCCUUCCAUCUCCCAGCAGCUCCUAGCAGUGUCAAGGCCAUUUGCCAGCUCUGGUUAGACCCCUGCCUGGAGGAGGUCCUAGCUGCUGGGAGGUGAAGGAAGUGCGGUGUUCUGAAGGUCUGUUCCAUCCUCUGUGGCGGGGGCUUGGC